UGCUGCUCACAACACUCGCGUCUUUGAAUGAAGGAAGGAGCCCACGAGUACCUUCAGGCUCAACUCGAGAAGAGUACGAUAAACGUUGACUAGUAGCUCUGUAAUUAAGCAAAUUAAACGAUACCUUGUUAGCAUUUAAUCCAACGUGUACGAUCCAAGGAUUGAGAUUUAGUACAGUAGCUAACGACUCCUGUAUAUGAUCAAAUAUGUCCGAAGCACAAGACUUGAGAAAGCGCAGUAAGAAACGCUAUGGCGGCGGACACCGGAGUAAGAAGUACAAGGGUUCCCGGGAGCUCGAGGUGGGCAUGCAAGGUGUCCUCAUCACCUGCAAUAUGAACGAGAGGAAAUGCACCGCGGAAGCCUUCAACCUGCUGAACGAAUACGCCGACCAACUCUACGGACCUGAGAACUUUAAGGAACCCGAGGAGAGCAGUAGUGAGGAAGAGGAGGAUGAAGAUGUGGAGGCGGCUCUGAAGAAGGAGGUGAAGCAGCUCAAAGCGUCGUCGGGGAAACUGCAGCGGCGCUUCCAGGCCAUGGACAGCGGGGCCAACAAUGUCAUCUUCAUCAAGACCAAGAACCUCGACCCUGAGAAGCUGGUGCAUCACAUCCUGUCGGACCUCCACAUCACCAAGAAGAACAAGUCUCGAGUCAUCCUCAGAAUGCUACCGGUGAGUGGAACGUGCAAGGCGUUCCAGGAGGACAUGGAUAAGUACCUGAGUGUGUUCUUAGAGCCGUGGUUUAAAGCCCCCAACCAGGGCAGCUACCAGAUCGCCUUCAAGGCCCGGAACAGCUCCCACAACAAGAGGGAUGACAUCAUCAAGGCCCUGGCAGGCCUGGUGGGGAAGAUGAAUCCUAAAAACAAGGUUGACCUGACCACCCCUGAGCUCACCAUCAUCGUCGAGGUCAUCAAGAGUGUGUGCUGUGUCAGCGUCGUCAGGGACUACACUCUAUACAGGAAGUACAACCUGCAGGAGGUUGCCAAGGAGGAGGGGCCUAAAGAUGGGAAACAGGAAGAGGUCACCACAAACCAGGAAGAGAUCAAGUCGAACCAGGAAGAGAAGGAUGGGAAACAGGAAGAGAUCAAGUCCAACCAGGAAGAGAAGGAUGGGAAACAGGAAGAGAUCAAGUCCAACCAGGAAGAGAAGGAUGGGAAACAGGAAGAGAUCAAGUCCAACCAGGAAGAGAAGGAUGGGAAACAGGAAGAGAUCAAGUUGAACCAGGAAGAGAAGGAUGGAAAGCAGGAAGAGGGAAAGGAUGCCCCGAAAACAGACAGGGAAAGAAAGGGGGAGGAAGAGAAGUAGAUCCCUGUACCAGGAGGGAGAGAAGAAGAGGGAGGGGAAUGAGGGAGGAAGUGAAAUAGAUCCCUGUACCAGGAAGGGAGAGAAGGAGGAGGGGAAUGAGGGAGGAAGUGAAAUGGGACUGAUAAACAACUCAAAGGCAUCUCACAGUGCAGGUGAUGCAGUCAAUGUGUUUUUAGGUAGCUUUACUGUAGAACAGGUCCUAUUCCUAUUGUCCAUUCCAAAUGGAACCCUAAUCCCUAUAUAGUGCACUAUUUUUGACCUGAGGCCUAUGGGUCCCUUGUCAAAAUGAGUGCACUAUGUAGGGAACAGGGUACCAUAGGACCUGGUCUAAUGUACUGACAGUCCAUUGGUCCCCUCACCAUCACCGAGCUCUCACUGAAAGCUGACAGUCCAUUGGUCUCCUCUCCAUCACCGAGCUCUCACUGAAAGCUGACAGUCCAUUGGUCCCCUCUCCAUCACCGAGCUCUCACUGAAAGCUGACAGUCCAUUGGUCCCCUCACCAUCACCGAGCUCUCACUGAAAGCUGACAGUCCAUUGGUCCCCUCACCAUCACCGAGCUCUCACUGAAAGCUGACAGUCCAUUGGUCUCCUCUCCAUCACCGAGCUCUCACUGAAAGCUGACAGUCCAUUGGUCUCCUCUCCAUCACAGAGCUCUCACUGAAAGCUGAUGGGUACAUUUUUUUACAUUUCAUUACAUUUUUUAAAUAGAUACAUUUUUUAACAUAAAGGUGUCAUAUUUUUAGUUUUUAUUUAAAUUCCCUCGUUUUUCAGAAAUCCUGGUCCUAGGGUUCUGAGUUCCCUGCUUAUUCAGGAAAUCCUGCAUCUGGGAUUUCUGUAAAACCAGGGAAUUCAUUGAAAGUUCACAGAAUUUUUCAACCCUGGUCACCUGACCAUCUUUCCUCUGUAAAUUAAUGUUAGAAGACUAGUCGUCUAAGUUGACCCAGUUCUUACAGGGCUGGUUUCCCGGACCCAGAUGAAACACACUCAUGGACCCAGAUGAAACACACUCAUGGACUAAAACACUCUGUCAUUGAGAAUCUCCAUUGAAAGAGCUUCUUAGUCCAGGGGCUGUUAUGUAUCAUGUGUCUCAGAGGAGGAGUGCUGAUCUAGGAUCAGGUUCCCCCUGUCCAUAUAAUUAUAUUUGUUAUAAUCUUAAAGACAAAACUGGUCCUAGAUCAGCUCUGAGACCAUUGAUGCGGCCCCAGGAAUGUAGGCCUGAUCUGAGUGCAGGACUCUCGUAUACUGUCCGAUAAUGGAGGUAUACUGUAAUAUACCUUUUUUGUUUUGUAGAACAGAGUAACCCCCAAAAAAAACUGAUCCUUGAAAUAAAGUGAUUUUUUUUUGUGUGUGUUUUUA